AUGGAGAGGACCAAUCAGACGGCUGUGAGUGAGUUCGUCUUUCUUGGCUUCUCAUCUCUGUUUGGGCUACAACGGCUUCUGUUUGUGGUGUUCCUCCUUCUCUACCUAUUCACCCUAGGCACCAAUGCCGUGAUCCUGUCCACCAUCGUACUGGAACGAGCCCUCCAUACUCCCAUGUAUUUCUUCCUUGCUGUCCUCUCCUGCUCUGAGACCUGCUACACCUUUGUCAUUGUGCCCAAGAUGUUGGUGGAUCUGCUGUGCCAGAAGAAGACCAUCUCCUUUGUGGGCUGUGCCAUCCAGAUGUUCACCUUCCUCUUCCUCGGCUGUUCUCACUCCUUCCUGCUGGCAGCCAUGGGUUAUGACCGCUAUGUUGCCAUUUGCAAUCCUCUUCGUUACACAGUGCUGAUGAGCCACGGGGUGUGCCUAGGGCUAGUGGCCAUGGCCUGUGCCUGUGGCUUCACUGUCUCCAUCAUCAUCACCUCUCUGGUGUUCCACUUGCCCUUCCACUCCUCCAACAAGCUCCUCCAUUUCUUUUGUGACAUCUCCCCUGUCCUUAAGUUGGCCUCCUAUCACACCCACCUCAGUCAAAUGGUCAUCUUUAUGCUCUGUGCAUUGGUUUUGGUCAUCCCUCUGCUAUUAAUCCUGGUCUCCUACAUUCACAUCAUCUUUGCCAUACUCCAAUUCCCCUCCUCUGUAGGGAGGUACAAAGCCUUCUCUACCUGUGCCUCCCAUCUCAUUGUUGUCACUGUCCAUUAUGGCUGUGCCUCUUUCAUAUAUUUACGGCCCAAGACCAACUAUACUUCGAGCCAAGACACCCUGAUAUCUGUAUCCUACACCAUCCUCACCCCAUUGUUUAAUCCUAUGAUUUAUAGUUUGAGAAACAAGGAAUUCAAGUCAGCACUUAGAAGAGUCAUAGGGAGAACAUUUUUUUCCACACAACAAUGA